GCGCUGCCUGAGAAGCCCAACAGGAAGAGUCCCUCCCCUCCAACACGUCAACACUCCUUCCUCCCCCACACAAGGUCGUUGGCCUUCAGAGCGUUUCCCACUGCCUUCCUUCCACGCAGCACUGACAGCUUCUUCUUCUUACCUGACCAGCGGGCGCCAUGUUAAGCUUGGCUGGACUGUCGCUCGGCGUGCUGCUGAUCUCUACGGCCAGCGCUCACGUGUUCCUGGGCGAGGGGGAGGCCAGUCAGAUGUUGACGCGGCGGAGACGAGCCAACAGCUACUUUGAAGAGCUGAAGAAAGGCAACAUGGAGCGCGAGUGUAAAGAGGAGCGCUGCAACUGGGAGGAAGCGCGAGAGAUUUUUGAAGACCAAGAACAAACUAAUGAAUUCUGGUCCAAGUAUUAUGAUGGUGAUGCAUGUGAGUCCAGGCCCUGCGCUCACGGAGGACGUUGUGAAGAUGGCAUCGGCAGCUACAACUGCUACUGUGCUGAAGGCUACCAGGGCUUCAACUGUGAAAUUGCCGAUCCUCAGCUCUGCGAAAACCAAAAUGGCGGUUGUGAGCACUUCUGCGAGGUGGUGCGAGGACACAUUGAAUGCUCGUGUGCUGACGGCUACUUCCCCGUAGACAAAUCAUGUCAUUCCAACGAGCCCUUCAAAUGUGGCGUGGUCAUCUCUGGAAAGACACGGUCCAUUUUCAGGUAUCAGCGGCGGAACAACACGGAGGGAAGCGACACCUGGUUCAACCAGACCGACAUCCAAAGCAACAUCAACUCCACCAGCGUCUCAUCUCCUGGUAACUUCAGCUCCGAUGAAAUUCCGCAUGACUACGAAGAGGAGGAAGACGUCUUAUCUGAAUUGGCGGGAAUGACCCGCAUCGUCAACGGCAAAGACUGCCCGCCAGGAGAAUGUCCAUGGCAGGCACUUCUCAUCAAUGAGGACGGCCAAGGCUUUUGUGGCGGUACCAUCUUGAACCAAUACAUCAUCUUGACUGCAGCGCACUGCAUGAAGCAAUUCAAUUACAUCUCUGUGAGGCUGGGUGAGUUUGACGUACUGGUGACUGACGGGAACGAAGCCAACCACAAUGUGGAGGCUGUCUUCAAACACAACAACUACCGCCCAGACACUUUUCACAACGACAUUGCUCUCAUCAAACUGGCCACGCCCAUUAAGUUCUCCAGGUUCGUCUUGCCAGCCUGCAUGCCUGAAUCAGAUUUUGCAGAGAAGGUUCUGAUGAAGCAGCCGCUUGGCAUGGUUAGCGGUUUUGGACGUCUUGGCGAGGGCCAACAACCGUCCACCAUCUUGCAGCGCCUGGCCGUACCCUAUGUGGCCCGCCAGGUUUGUAUGGAAUCCAGCAGUUUUCACAUCUCUACACGCAUGUUCUGUGCCGGCUAUGACAAAGAAGCAAAGGAUUCAUGCAAAGGAGACAGUGGCGGGCCGCAUGUGACCAAGUUCAAAGAAACUUAUUUUGUCACGGGUAUAGUGAGCUGGGGAGAAGGCUGUGCACGACAUGGCAAAUAUGGCAUUUACACACAAGUAUCCAAAUAUAUCGGCUGGAUCCGUGAAGGCAUUCAGAAGCUGAUGAGCGCAGGCAGGAUGAAGAGGCACUGAGGACCAAUCAGGAGGCUGGAUGAAGAGGCACUGAGGACCAAUCAGGAGGCUGGAUAUGUAAAAUGGCCAGACUCUACAGUCCAACACUACAUCUUCUUAGAGAGAUGUCCUCUUUAUGUAUCUCCACAUACCAUGACCAUAAUAAAACUACAACGCUUGAUGUGAUCAAA